UGCCGUAUUCUUCUUAUAUAUGCUCGCACUCCUCUCCACACAGUCCACACCAUACGAAGGAGAUCGAGUUUCGUGGGUUUUGUCUAUAUACUCACAAAUCCCAUCUUCUUUCCUUCACUUUCCUCUCAUUUUCCUAUAGUAAGAACAAAUAUCCCAUAUCUUUGUCCAACAAUUCAACAUGUCAAACUCAAACAUCACAAGUUGUGAUAGUUGGAGUUUCUCUACUGAGAAUACCACUGGAGAUCAUGCAGCUGUUAAACAGCAAUUAGAGAUGCUUGGCCAGCUCCAUAGUCCAAAUUCCAACACUUCAACUACAACAAAUAAUAGCAACGGAUCAAACACAAAUUCACAACCACCUGUUACUGUUAAGAAGAAAAGGAACCUACCAGGAAAUCCAGAUCCAAGUGCUGAAGUCAUAGCUCUAUCACCAAACACCCUAGUGGCCACAAACCGGUUCGUAUGUGAAAUAUGCAACAAAGGGUUUCAAAGGGACCAAAACCUUCAACUACACCGGCGAGGCCAUAACCUGCCGUGGAAGCUGAAACUGAGAACCACCACAGAAGUUCGAAAACGGGUUUAUGUUUGUCCAGAACCCUCUUGUGUCCACCACAACCCUGCUCGAGCACUAGGCGAUCUCACUGGCAUUAAAAAGCACUUCAGCAGAAAGCACGGCGAGAAGAAGUGGAAAUGUGAUAAGUGCUCAAAGAAAUAUGCUGUUCAGUCUGAUUGGAAAGCACAUUCCAAAAUAUGUGGAACAAAGGAAUACAAAUGUGACUGUGGCACCAUCUUUUCCAGAAGAGACAGCUUCAUCACCCACAGAGCUUUCUGCGAUGCUCUGAAUGAGGAGAACGACAAAUUCAACGAGGGACAAUUACCAAAUAUGCAUGGCUCAAACUUGCAACCACCGAUAAUCCCAAACAUAGUUGCAUCAUUACCAAUCAAUACCAACAAUCACAACAAACACCCAUUACCACUCCCUCACGAUCUCAUGAACAUCACAAUGCCCACAAAACCCUUCAACAACAUGGCAGCAUUCACGAGAAACCUUUCAUCUCCCUCUCAACUAACCUCAAACUCACCAAACAACAUGUUCGAGGAAAAUAAUAAUGGUCUCCAUUCACCACACAUGUCCGCCACAGCAUUGCUCCAAAAAGCUGCACAAAUGGGAGCAACAGUGAAUAGCAACAUGAUGAGUGAUCAGAAAAGCUUUAGCACGAGCAUGGCACCACCAUCAUAUGGGAUCAUGAACCAUACCAUGCAAAAUGGUCAACAAGACUUGUCUCACUAUAAUUUCAAUGCGAAUGAGAUGGGAAUAAUGAGUGGGUUAGACAUGUUUAAUGUUAUAUUGGAUCAAAGUAAGGCCUUGUCGAAGAUGAUCGAGCAGAACAAUAUUCGAAGCAGUAAUGGGGUUUUGCAUGCAAUGAAUAAUGGUAAUGGUACUAGGUCAAGUGGUUCCAUUGAUGUUGGUGGAACUAAAGGGAGUGAGGAUGUGAUGACUUUGGACUUGUUGGGGAUAGGAGGAGGAGGAGGUGGUGGUGAUGGCAAUUUCUAUGGUGGUGACCAAUUACAACAAUCAGAAAUGGCUGCUAGAGAUGAAAUUUGGAGAAAUUGGUCGAAUAAGAAUGCAGGGCUUGAACCAUUUUCAGCGACAAACAGCAACAUAUGAAUGAUAAAGUGACCUUGCCGAAUAGAAUAAUUUGCAUGUCUCUUCUAUUUUGGGAAGGUGGAAUUUUCAUUUGGUUCUGUGAUGUGGUUCCUUUUGGCCCACGUAUGAGUAGUAGUACAGAAAUCGUGUACAAGUUAACAUUGAUCGGCUUUCCAAUGACAAAUCAUGGUGUGGGCUCUUUCAGUACGUGUCUUUAAAUGACGAGUCAGUCAGAAUAAUUGCCCAUAUGAAGUUAGUUCAGUAUGUACAUUUCCGCUUAAUUUACAGCAUUUCAAUUUCAGCCUUUACCUUUAAGCAGAAGCUAUUCUCCCUAAUAUGGGAAUCUGUGGUGCAAAAAUCACUUAAUAGUAAGUUCUCUCUUUUAUA